CUGGCCCACAAACUUCCAGAUCUAAAGAGGCAAACACGCGAAGAAGUAAAUAAACAAAGUAACGAGUUAAUUACCUAAACGCAAACUCGGAAUUACAGAGAUUCAAUAAGCAGGCAUUUUUUCUGCAGCGAUUGCGCAGGGGGUGUUUUCACCUGUCUAAAAAUAACCCCGAAUCUCAGUCUACUCUACCUGAAUCCUAUUCACAUUUCUUAUAGCAACUCUGGCCUUUUUGGCAUUUAUGAGACAGACUGUUUAAAAGGAUACCAACCACCUGUAUGUAGGCUACUGUCUUUAUUUCGGUCAAAGUGGAAGAUUUGGAUUGCAUUCACCGUUUAAGUACCGUUUAGCUGAUGAACCGCGCUGUCGCGUCAGGUGGGCUCAUUCAAGCGAUUCUGCUUGUCUCCGUAUAGCCCGUACAAGGCAUCAGGUGGCCGACCACUGCAGCUAGAGGUCCCGUUCUGGAGUGAAGAACUGUGCAGUUGGGAAUCCCUGGUUGCACCUUCAGGGGGAAAAGGGAAAACGUAGACUGUCCGGGAGAGAGAGGAGUGAGAAAUUGUGUGAAUGUGAGUUUCUCUGUGUGUGUGCGUAGUAGAGACCAGCGCGCGAGGUGUUGACUGGACAGACGCAGUAGCAGACGUGCCCGUUCCCGUCUUGCUCUCACACUCGGGAGCAGCGCUUUCACGCACAACGGAGAGUUGGAUUAUACGCACUCGGAUCUUUUUCUGUCUCUCCUGUCACGGACCGGUAAUGAAUGUUUGAACGGAAAUCGAUACCUCGACCAAACUGACCUGCACGAGCUUUGGACAAACGAAUGCGGUCUCUCCUCUCAGCGCGUGCUGUGAAUUCAUAACCACCUUCGAUACCCUCGCACAGUCUCUCACCUCACCUGGUGUGUCUGUGAGAGUGUGUGUACGUGUGUCCAUCCAGAGUAUCGGAUCACGGAUCGAGGUGUUUCACGGGUUUAGCGAAUACACGGGGGAUUACCGCAUUGCAUGCCGCGGACAUGUGGAACUUUGCGCCGCUCUAGCGCCAGUCUCGGUCUACCAUCCUGCAGCAAUCCCCACUCUCCCCCCCGCCGAGGGGACUUCUCUUCGCUACAACCCCGAAACAAGUGCCCUACUCUUCAGUCCUCCAGAUUUGCACAUUCUGUGAAAUGUGAUUAAUAAAACUACGAGAAAUACGACAAAAAGAGAACAAUCUAAAAGAGGCAACAUUCCACAACAAGAGAAAAAGAGACAGAUAGUUUGGUGACCUCUUGGGAAUUGAGGGCUAAUUGUACGCCCCGAAAAAAAACACCUUUCUCGGAUUGAAAUCUCUCCUGGGUCUAUUUUACCGCAGUCAUGAGAGUCUUGUACCCGCUUGUUGCAACCUCGUCCCCGGCCUUAGCUCUGUGGCCGGGACUGGUGGGUCUCCUGAUUCUCUUCAGCGAGGUGGACUGCCAGCCCUGCCCGGCGCAGUGCUCUUGCACCGGGACCACCGUGGACUGUCACGGCCAAGGACUACGCAGCGUUCCACGGAACAUACCCCGAAACACAGAGAGACUGGACUUGAAUGCAAACAACCUGACCAAAAUCAUCAAGGCGGAUUUUGCUGGACUAAGACAUCUGCGAGUAUUGCAACUGAUGGAGAAUAAGAUCACUACCAUUGAGAGAGGAGCCUUCCAGGAUCUGAGGGAGCUGGAGAGACUGCAGGGGGCUCCCGUGGGAGGCCUGGCCCACUCCGGGUGCUCCUCGCUGGGACAGGGCAGGCAGGAGGAGUGGGCCCCUCUCUCUGGAGCUCUGAAGCACCACGCGGGGCUCUUAGCCGCCGCGGCUAGCGCUAACGGCGAGUGGUUGGUGGUGUUUUUCUCCAGUGUUCUUUAUGGGAACAAGAUCACAGAGAUUUCCAAAGGACUGUUCGAGGGUCUCUUCGCUCUGCAGCUACUGUUGUUGAAUGCUAACAAGAUAGCAUGUCUGCGUGUAGAUGCCUUCCAGGACCUCCACAACCUCAACCUGCUGUCUCUCUACGACAACAAACUGCAGACCAUCGCCAAGGGAACCUUCUCCUCACUACGCGCCAUUCAGACGCUUCACCUGGCUCAGAACCCAUUCAUCUGUGAUUGCCAUCUGAAGUGGCUUGCUGACUACCUCCAGGACAACCCCAUAGAGACCAGCGGAGCCCGCUGUACCAGCCCCCGGCGCCUUGCCAACAAGCGCAUCGGCCAGAUCAAGAGCAAGAAGUUCCGCUGCUCAGGCUCGGAGGACUACCGCAGUAAGCUGGGAGGGGACUGCUUCGCUGACCUAGCCUGUCCUGAGAAGUGUCGCUGUGAAGGAACCACAGUCGACUGCUCCAACCAGAAGCUGACCAAGAUCCCCGAUCACAUCCCACAGUACACCGCCGAGCUGCGUCUAAACAACAACGAGUUCACAGUACUGGAGGCGACGGGCAUCUUUAAGAAGCUCCCCCAGCUCAGGAAGAUUAACCUUAGUAACAAUCGUAUCAGUGACAUCGAGGAGGGGACGUUUGAGGGGGCCACGGGGGUCAACGAGUUGAUCCUCACCUCCAACCGUCUGGAGAACAUCCAUCACCGCAUGCUGAAGGGCCUGGGGGGCCUGCGCACACUGAUGCUGAGGAGUAACCGUAUCAGCUGUGUCAGUAACAGCAGCUUCGUAGGUCUGAGCUCCGUCCGUCUGCUCUCCCUCUACGACAACCAGAUCACCUCCAUGAACCUGGGCGCCUUCGACACCCUGCACUCGCUCUCUACACUGAACCUGCUGGCCAACCCGUUCAACUGUAACUGCCACCUGGCCUGGCUGGGGGACUGGCUGAGGAGGAAGAGGAUCGUGACUGGGAACCCCCGCUGUCAGAACCCCUACUUUCUGAAAGAGAUCCCCAUCCAGGAUGUAGCCGUCCAGGACUUUGCCUGUGACGACGGUAACGAUGAGAACAGCUGCUCCCCAGUGCUGAGGUGUCCUGCUGAGUGCUCCUGUCUGGACACGGUGGUCCGCUGCAGCAACAAGGGCCUCAGCUCCCUACCUAAGGGCCUGCCCAAGGAGACCACGGAGCUUUAUUUGGAUGGUAACCAGUUCACUCAGGUCCCGGUGGAGCUCUCCAAUUACAAGCACUUGACGCUCAUCGAUUUGAGUAACAACCAGAUCAGCACGUUGUCCAACCUCAGCCUCAGUAACAUGUCUGAGCUGCUUACCCUAAUUCUAAGCUAUAACCGGUUGAGGUGUAUACCAGUCAGAGCCUUCGACGGACUCAAGUCACUACGCUUGCUCUCUCUCCAUGGGAAUGACAUUUCUGUGAUACCAGAAGGAGCCUUCAAAGAUCUGUCCUCUCUCUCCCACCUGGCGCUGGGUGCCAACCCCCUGUACUGUGACUGUCACAUGCAGUGGCUGUCUGACUGGGUGAAGAGUGGGUACAAGGAGCCGGGCAUCGCCCGCUGUGCUGGCCCCAAUGACAUGGAGGGGAAACUGCUGCUGACCACGCCUUCCAAGAAGUUCACCUGCACAGAAGUCCCGGGCCCUUGUGGUUUUCUGGUGCCAGGUAAUGCCCCAGUGGAUUUAAGCAUCCUGGCCAAGUGUGACCCCUGCUUGUCCAACCCCUGUAAGAACGACGACUGCUCCAACGACCCCCCGUCCACUUCUACCCGCUGUACCUGCCCUUAUGGAUUCAAGGGCCAGGACUGUGAAGAGCCUAUUCAUGCCUGCAUCAGUAACCCCUGUCAGAACGCUGGUACCUGCCACCUGAAGGAAGGAGAGGAGAGCAACUUCUGGUGUGUGUGUCCGGAGGGCUUCGAGGGGGACAUGUGUGAGGUCAACAGUGAUGACUGUGAGGACAAUGACUGUGAAAACAACUCCACCUGUGUAGACGGAAUCAACAACUACACCUGCAUGUCUCCUGAGUACACUGGUGAGCUGUGCGAAGAAAAAUUGGAUUUCUGCGCCCCAGAGUUGAACCCUUGUCAGCAUGACUCGAAAUGCAUACUGACUCCACAAGGAUACAAGUGUGAGUGUACUCCAGGCUACACUGGAGACCACUGUGACCUGGACUUUGAUGACUGUGCCGAGAACAAGUGUCAGAAUGGUGGACAAUGUAUCGACGCCGUCAACGGCUACACCUGUGUAUGUCCUGAGGGAUACAGCGGGCUCUUCUGUGAGUCCCCCCCACCCAUGGUCCUCCCUCGCACCAGCCCCUGCGACAACCACGAGUGCCUGAACGGGGCGCAGUGCGUUGUCAUGGAGAUGGACCCCCUCUGCCAGUGUCUCCACGGUUACGAAGGAGAGCGCUGUGAGAAGUUGGUCAGCGUCAACUUCAUCAAUAGAGAGUCUUACCUUCAGCUGCCUUCCAGCCUGGUCUCCCCUCAGACUAACAUCUCACUGCAGAUUGCCACAGAUGAAGACAGCGGUGUGCUGCUGUACAAAGGAGAUAAUGACCACAUCGCCAUGGAGCUGUACCGUGGACGCCUACGCGUCAGCUACGACACUGGAUCCUAUCCCCCCUCCGCCGUGUACAGUGUGGAGACGGUGAAUGACGGCAGCUUCCACGUGGUCGAGCUGGUGGCGUCAGACCAGAUCCUGUCUCUGUCCAUCGACGGGGGGGCCCCCAAGUCCAUCACCUCUCUCAGCAAGCAGUCCACACUCAGCAUAGACUCCCCGCUCUAUCUGGGAGGAAUGCCCAACCGCGUGUCGACCUCUGGAGGCGGGGCGGGCCUCUCGGCUCUGCAGCACACCUCCGGGGGCCGCAACGGCACCAGCUUCCACGGCUGCCUCCGCAACCUCUACAUCAACAACCAGCUGCAGGAUCUGGGGGCCGGGCUGGGUGCCGGGCCGGGCCGGGGGGUGGAGCCCGGCUGCCAGCCGUGCCAGCGGGGGGCCUGCACCCAGGGGGACUGCCACCCCACGGGGCACAGCGGCUUCACCUGCACCUGCCACCCUGGCUGGACGGGCACCCUGUGUGACCAGCAGGUGAACAACCCCUGCGACGGCAACAAAUGUAUCCACGGCUCCUGCCUGCCCAUCAACUCGUACUCGUACUCGUGUCGCUGCCAGCCGGGUUUCGCCGGCGUGCUCUGUGACGAGGAGGACCAGGACGCCUUUGACCCGUGUCAGGUGACGCACUGCAAGCACGGCUCGUGCCGCCUGUCGGGCCUGGGCAAGGCCUACUGCGAGUGCAGCCCCGGGUACGCGGGAGACACCUGCGACAGAGAGGUGGCCUGCCGAGGGGAACGGAUCCGAGAUGUCUACCACAGACAGCAGGGCUACGCCGCGUGCCAAACCCAGGAGAAGGUCUCCCGCCUAGUGUGCAGGGGCAGCUGCCCGGGGGGGUCAGGGGGCCCGGGGGGGUCCUGCUGCACGCCCCUGAGGAGCAAACGCAGGAAAUACACUUUUCAGUGCACCGACGGCUCUUCUUUUGUCCAGGAGGUGGAGAAGGUGGUGAAGUGUGGCUGCACGCAGUGUCCUUCCUUGUAAAGAAAAGAAAGAAAAAGAAAGAAAAAAAAGAAAGAAAAGCUAGAUACAACCCCCUCUACCCCUGCCCUCCUUGUUUUGAAGUUGAACCUUGGUGAUUUUUUUCCCGUUUUAUGGGGUGGGUUGGGUUCAUUGCUUUUAGUCCCCCCCACACACACACCCCUCAGUCCCCACACCCC